AUGGGACAAAGAAGUUCGGUGGCAGGUUCGGGUGUACAUACAGCUGAGACAGGGAGUGAGGGACCUCGGGAACGCGAAGGUGAGGAAACACGGCGUCUCCAGCCUCCACUCUGUAGACCUCAGCCUCAGCGGAAUAGGGGAAAGUUUGAUUCUUCGUCACGUCCUCGUUCCCUUUCCUUGUCAGACGGCGAAAGACGCUCGCGUCGUUCGCGGGUGUCGUCUUCGCGACGUUCCUCGGGGGUCGCUUUCCACCGACUUUUGCGCUCCCCGCCCUUUCCCUUUCUUCCGUGUUGCGGGACCUUGCCUUCGUUUGUUUGCGAGGCCUGCUUGAAGCAUACGGAAGAAAAGCGAAAAGCAAUUCCCCAAGCAUCCGGCCUCUCCUCUCCUCGCCGAAGGCAACGCUCCGCUCGCGCUUUCGAAACACCGGACACACGAAAAGAAGGGGAGAUAAAAGACAGAAGACGACAGCAAAUCGCAUCGGCAGCUGGCGAAAAUUGGUCGCUGCUGGGCGACGCAUCGCGGAGGGCUGGGGACGAGGCGGGAAGUCGAAGAAGCCCGCGUGCCAAAAUCUGUCGCUCUCCUCGCGUCACUCCCGAAUGGGAGGAGAUAGCAGAGGCAGCAAGAGAAACGGGAAGCAGAAGAGGCAGUGAGGGAAGAAAACAUUCGGUAGAUAGAGGAAGCGGAGACCGAAGAGCCAGGGACAGAAGACCAGAAGAAAGCGAAACAGACGCAAGCGUCAGCAGUUCGCGAGACGGUUCUCGAGAGGUGGAGCAACUAAAGAAGCGCAAAGAUGACGAGAAAUCCUCACAAAAAUAUCCAGAAAGGGGCGGAAUUCUGAAUGAAAACCGUUCGGUUUCGAGGGAAAUAUGUGGCGGAAGAGAGGCCAGAACCCCAGAUAUCACAAGCAGCUCUACGGUGUCGUCCCAUCCUAUUUACUCGUCCUCGGUAACGCGAAGACCGGAGACUUCUGUCACUGUCUGCUCCGCCGAUUUCUCCCCAAACCUGGCUCCGCGUGAAGGCCGACAACCUUACUCGAGCGGGCAGUGGUGUUCGGCUUGUGGUGUGUUCUGGCCGCUCGUGGAGGCACCCUCCUCUGCCCAGAGGUCGGCACCAAGUGUACAUACACCGCAAAGUGUCACUCGCGCAGUCAGCACCGCUUCCAGGAAUCCCCUCAAGUCCGCGGUGGCAAAUUUCGAGGCUGUGGAACAGGAAAUCUCGAGGAGUGGGGCGAGUGGUCGGGACCCGUCCGAAUGGAAUGAAGGUCAACGGCCUGUCAUGGCAGAAAAGAGGCAAAAAGAUGCACGGAGCCAUAGGACAGCGCAUGAGCCUGCCGACCAGCAUGCAACAAGAAGGGAUCCGCAGAGCCAGGAGACGGAGACAGGGAAUUUUCCCCGUGCCAUGCAUCAGUCGCCUUCGUCGUGCAGAACUGUGAAUUCGAGCACCAAGACGCGCUCGUCAAGCACACGGGUCCUUUCCCCGGGGGACGACACCACGGGAUACCGUUCGUCAAGCGUACAUGUAACUAGCGGCAGCACAUACACCUCGUGUUCGGCGCUUCUUGAGCAAUCUGAGCUUUUCUCGAGCAGGCAGUUCGUUCACCUUGUUAGCGAGGUAGCGGAAGGGGCACCUGCUCGCGUUCUUCAGGUGCCGCACAUUCCUCCAGGGGUCGUCGGUUUCCCUCCUUUCCUCACACAGGCGCAGCGCUGGACUAUUUUGGAGCGCCUCUUCGCAUGCCGAGACACCGAUCUGGCAGCAGUUGCCCCCCCCUUCGCGUUAGCUCGUAGUCAGCAUCUCCUUCACGCCAGUGAAGAGCAUGUUGCUUCGGAAAAGCGAGAAAAGUCUCAGGAAGCCUUGCCGGUGGAGCCCACAAAAGUCUGGGAUCUUUCCCGCUGUCCACCUGCGGAGGCCUGUAGACUCGAGCGACACAGCCUUCAGGAGGCAGAGGAGCCGACGCGAGAAAGCAUCGAGGAUUCCAUUCGCACAGGAGCCAGCGCGUGGGCAGAUGCCAAAAGGCAACUGUUAAGGUUAGAGCUGGAACACGAUAAAAACACCGUUCGCGGAGCUGCUGGGGCUGCUCGGUGUCACGCUGCUGCGCCCUCGUACGAAUGUAAAUACGCUCACUUUCGUCACUUUAUUGAUCCACCGGCGCAGUCGUCUUCUGUGGCGUCGGCGGUGUCAGCAGCCCUAGCUGCAUUUCAGCAGCGCACGCCGGGACAUCGUGAGUUGCUGGCGAAAUUCGAAGAUCGGUUUUUUGACUGUAUCUUCGACGUUUACCUCCAACUGCCUCGUCCACUGGCUCACGCCGUCUGGACGCAUCUGUUCCCGUUUCACCAUCCGACGAACCACACACUUCAGCGCAUCCAGCUGCUUCUCGUCAAGGUGCACCGCGACCUACGGAAACGCACACCCACAACCGGAACAAGUCCAGGAACUGAGCCGUUCCCCGCCUCCGGAGCGGAGAAAAUGGUGCAACGAACAAAUCGACCUAGCCAAGAACCCAGCGCUUCUCCGUUCCGAUCGGCAGAGAGUCGCACAAGCAGGGGAAAGGAUGGCGUGACGCAGGGGGAAAGCCGAAACUUCCGCGCGGCGCGUAGACACCGGGAAGGGAGCACAUAUGGCGACACAGAAACCACUCCUGCACGAAACAGACUGGGGGAGCACUGUUUCAAAGAGGGAAAACUCUGUCACGGUGCGGGGGAAAAAAGAGGAACGACUGGCGGAGGGGCCAGGGCCAAAGCCGAAAAGAAUGCGCUCAUCUGCUUACUCCGAGCGGCUUCCGAUGCCCAAGCAAGAUUGCUUCUAACCAGACGAUGCAGAAGUGUCGUGCAGGACGAUAUGGCAACCUAG